UCUCUCUCUCUCUCUCUCUCUCUCACUCGCUUUUAACCUAAAAAGAGCCACUCAUUGCCUUCAUAAGCCUUCUCAGCGGCAGUCUUUUCAACCCAACUUUGAGAUUGAGAGAGGAAAGGGAGGAGAAAGAGAGAAGCAUAGAGGCUCCUCCACUCCUAUUGCACUAUUACACUGUUCCAACACUUAUUAUCAAAUAGUGCUUAUCAAUUUAUUUCUCUUGCUCAAAAAAAAGAAAAAAAAAAUCCAAUCUUUUUCAUUCUUCUAUAUGUAUCUCACAAUAGUCUUAAUUUGCAAAUAUUAAUCCCUGGUUUUCUCAACUCCUUGAUGAGAUUUUGUUUCUAAGAGUGGUAAAAACGAAGAAAAAUUGUAUCUUUUCUUUGCAGAAGGGUCUUUUUUUUUUUUUUUUUUGUUUUUUUGGCAAUGGCACCCAGUUUUGACUGUGCAGUUUCAAGCCUGCUUUGUGCAGAAGACAAAAGCAUUUUUGAUGAUAGCGAUUAUGGAGGUUUGGUUGAGGAGUUUGAAGAUACUACUACCUGGUAUCAUAGAAAUCAUCGAACCCAUGUUCAGAACCGGAGCAUUGGUAAUGGGUUUGGGUUGCCAUUGCAGAGUGAUGAGUGUUUAGCUUCAAUGGUUGAGAAAGAAUGCCAACAUUUACCCAAUCCUGAUUACUUGAAAAGGUUGCAAAGUGGGGAUUUGGAUAAUGGGGCUAGAAAAGAGGCUGUUGAUUGGAUUUCUAAGGCCAAUGCCCACCUCAGUUUUGGACCUCUCUGUGCUUAUUUAUCCAUAAACUACUUAGAUCGCUUCCUUUCUGCCUAUGAAUUACCUAAGGGCAAAGCUUGGACUAUGCAAUUGCUGGCUGUGGCAUGUUUAUCACUUGCAGCCAAAAUGGAAGAGACUGAAGUUCCACUCUCCCUAGAUUUACAGGUUGGGGAAUUAAAGUAUGUGUUUGAAGCAAGGACCAUAAGGAGGAUGGAACUUCUUAUAUUGAGCACUUUGAGGUGGAGAAUGCAAGCAGUUACCCCUUUCUCCUUCAUUGAUUAUUUCCUUAGGAAGGUCAAUGGUGAUGAUCAAAUCCCAGUUAAAGCUUCAAUUCUCAGAGCAAUCCAAGUUAUUUUGACCACAAAUAAAGGAAUUGACUUCUUGGAAUUCAGGCCUUCAGAGGUUGCAGCAGCAGUGGCAAUAUCUGUUACAGGAGAAGCAAAAACAGUGGACACCGAGAAGGCUGUAUCUCUACUCGUUGAACAUGUAGAAAAGGAGAGGGUCCUAAAGUGCAUUCAAUUAAUCCAUGAUUUGUCAUUAAUUAAUAAUGGUUCAAGUGGGUCUAUCCAAUCUGUGCCCAAAAGUCCCAUUGGGGUUUUAGAUGCCGCAUGCUUGAGCUAUAAAAGCGAUGACACAACAGUUGGGUCAUGUGCAAAUUCUUCUUCACAUACAAGCACAGUUACCAAAAGAAGAAAGCUAAAUAGACCCUGCGAAGUGGAGCUGUAAAAGUGACACAAGGAAGUGGGAAUUUUAUUCCACUUCUCACCCAAAAGAAAAGCUCCCAACGUGUUGUUUCUCACAUGAGGGGAAGAAAAAUACAGGAAAAGAAAAGGGAGAAAAAAAAAAAAAAAGGGAAAGGCAGAAAAUAUGAUGUAUGAGGAGGAAAUUGAAAUAAGUUGGGUCAUGGAUUUUGAAGGAGGAUUGGGAAUACAUUUCAUGCUUCUGGCAUGAGAAGAAGAGUCACCAGCUGUUAAAUAUUAGACUUCUUAACAGCCUGCGACAAAGAAUUUAGACCAAAGAAAGGAAAAAACAAAAAAAGACCAAAAAAAAAAAAAAAGGGAAAAAGAAUUUAAAGAGUUUGUUUUGUUUUGUGAGAUACAGUUUGGUCAUUAGAUUUUAUAUUUCUAUUUGGCAUAAAGGAAAUGAAAAAAAUCAAAAAAAAAAAAAAAAAAAAAGGGGUAGGAUGCAUGAGGCUGCGAGAACUUAUUAUUUAUUUAUAUAUAUAUUUUUGUGUUUAUUAUUUUUA